AUUACAACCGCAGCACAAUUUAUGACAGCUGAAAAUGCCGCGCCUAUAUCAGCAAAUAAUAACCAGGCAUGAUGGAAGAGAGUCAGUCGGCUCAUUAACCUAGUCUUCCUCCAACGUUACCACUGAAAAUGCCAAUUCUAACUGUAAGUCAUUUAGUUUUGACGAUUCUUCUUCCAAUCCUCGACCCAUACUCUGUGAUCCUGGAAGCUUUCGCUUGGAAUUUUUCCACCAUCGGGCUUCCUCAGAAUGUUCCAAUAUGGAGGUUCACCAUAUGGAGGAACAAAGCUUACUUCGCGGUACCCAGGUGGGACAAAACGACCAAGGUAAAAUUCACGCUGCUCGAAGCUGCCUGGCCGGAGUUUGGAAACCCGUUGCAACUCGCAACGGUGACUGGUGACUUGCUUCCGUUUCCGGAUUCGAAAUCUCAGCAGGAAGGCGUUUGCAAGGAUCUACAGUCUGUUACCGGAUUAGACUCUGACGGCAGAGGAAGGCUUUGGAUUCUGGAUGCACCCACCCGCAGCCAUCAGUGUUCCGCGAAAAUUGUCGUCUUUGAUUUACGAAGAAACGAAAAGGUCGCCGAAACAGAAUUGCAGAACAUUUCGCCUCGGGAUUUGAAGUGCCUCGUUGUGGACCCAAUCAUUGGUCAACGCGGCUUUCAAGCCUACGUCAGUGAUCCUGGAGGCCAGAGCAUAAUCGUUUACAGUUUAACCCAGAGGACCUGGUGGAAACUGAAGCUGUCGAGUGAACCCCACAUCCCUAAAAUCUUUAUCACUGACUUGGCGAUUUCCCGGAAGAGUCCGAUCAUGUAUUUGACCGGAUACCAGUCUGACGAUUUGUUCAGCAUAGACCUGGACAGUAUUCGAAACGAAGGAGUGCCCCCGGCUGGCCUGCUGAAAAAUGAAUCGCUCAGCGAGAUUUCCGUCGCGCGGGUGGGAUCGAAGAUGGGUUCGUCGUCCGGACUGAUUUGCGACCUUCGAGGAGGUCUGCAUUACUUCUUGGUGACGGAAAUCGCAAGCGUGAGAUGGGAUUCGAGGCUAAAGUUAGAGGCGGAGGGCCACAGGAUCCAGCUGCAGUCUGAAACUAUCCCAAGCAUAACUGACUACGCCUUGGAUUCCCAGAAGAACGUCUGGGCUAUUGUGAACGAAAGACAUCCCCUGCGAGGCCCGAAGCACUCGGAGGAUGCCGUCGGAUGGAAAAACCGCAAAUCGAUUAAACAACGCACGAUAAAAGUUUACAAAUAUAAACCGUUUGUUUUGUGAACUUCCGCAUAAACCGCUACAAAAACGUUUACGAUUAUCACAAGCCUGCAGGGUUACUUGAGACACGAUUUACUUGUUCAAAGUCCACCGAUUACGCUUUUUUUUAGUAUCGAAAGCCUUCCAUUUGGCUAACUGCAAAUGUCAAAUUUGGCAGUAUGUAAAUUAUUCUUGGGCGCAUUUAUUUUUGAAAGGCUAUAGUCAAGGCAAAGUUUCUUUGUCGGUUGGCUUAUUUGGCCUGCAACGACAAUCGCGUGAUAUUAAAAUAUUGGCUUAUACUCACGUAGUGCGAUUUAAAGAAUUAAAUAUCGCCUGCCACGAUCGCCGUUCGAUACAUGGAUUACGUAUGUAUAACGUGUCUAGAUAAUUAUUAC